GGCUGUUCAGGAACAUCGAAGCCAAGUUCAGGAACUGUGCCGGGCAGUUUGUGUCAGCAUAUUCUGAGCUCUCCGAUCCUGCGCUAGGCCGGUUAAUGUGUUCGUGUACACGCUAUUUGCGUCACUAGUGGUCUGAAGAAGCGGCUCAGCUCAGCGGUUGGGCAGUAGGACUUCCGAUUCAGAGCGUGUAAGAACUCAAUUCUCGUGGAAUUCGGAGUGACGUUUAAUUCACUGAUCUCUUGAGUUAUCAUCAUGCAGCAGAACAAAAUUGAUCACGAAGAAGAAGACGAUGAGUUCUUCGAGACGAUCGACAAACUUAUUGCGCAGGGAAUAAAUGCUGGAGACCUCAAGAAACUACAAGAUGCGGGGAUUUACACUUGCAAUGGACUGAUGAUGAACACAAAGAAGGCGUUAUCAAAUAUUAAAGGCUUGUCAGACGCAAAAGUUGACAAAAUUUGCGAAGCAGCGGAAAGAAUUGUGCAAAUUGGAUUCUGCACUGGAAGUGAGCUUCUUAACAGACGGAAAGCAGUCGUACGGAUCACCACUGGAAGUCAAGCUCUCGAUACACUGCUUGGAGGUGGUGUCGAGACGAUGUCAAUUACGGAGGUCUUCGGCGAGUUUAGAACCGGGAAGACUCAGAUCGCUCACACACUUUGUGUUUCAACACAGCUCCCCUUCAGCAUGGGAGGAGGAAAUGGGAAGGUGGCAUACAUCGACACAGAAGGGACAUUUCGACCAGAUCGACUCGCCCCAAUUGCGGAGCGGUUUGGACUCGAUUACACAGCUGUUCUUGACAAUAUUGUUUACGCUCGUGCAUAUACUCAUGAGCACCAAUACAACCUGCUGUCAGGAUUGUCUGGCAGGAUGGCAGAAGAACCUUUUAGAUUGGUGGUCAUCGAUUCAAUUAUGGCGCUUUUCCGAGUGGACUUCACAGGACGAGGAGAACUUGCUGAUCGACAGCAAAAGCUGGCCCAAAUGCUUUCCAAGCUAAUGAAGCUCGCCGAGGAGUAUAACGUUGCUGUUCUCAUGACAAAUCAUGUAAUAGCUGAUCCUGGAGGAGGAACAUUUGUUGCCGAUCCAAAAAAACCUGCUGGUGGUCAUGUUAUGGCUCAUGCUUCGACUGUACGGCUGAUGCUCAGAAAGGGCAAGGCUGAACAGCGGAUAUGCAAAGUAUUCGAUGCACCGAAUCUGCCAGAUGAUGAAGCAGUCUUUCAGAUCACUCGCGGCGGCAUUGCAGAUGUAAAAGACUAACAUGCGUCGUGCAAAGAAAGUUUGUUUGAGAUGAGCCGACGCGAAUGGCUCAUGACAAGUCCUACAUGGGACUUGAGAACCUUUCUUUGAAACUUGAAAUUUCAAAUACGCUCAUGGACAUGCACAAACAGUACCAAGCAAGCGCAAUUGCACUCAGAAAACGCUAAUAUAGCUAUUUAGCCACCCAGCUCCUGUACCAUUUUAUGUUUGAUGGUAUCCUUUAGUAGGCGAGUCUCUAUAAUCGAGUUGGAGAUGAGUCGCUGCUUUGGACCAAACGGUU